CAGGGAGAGACAGGAGGGAAUUGACGGCGUGUAGUUAGUUAGGAUACUUUGGCCAAAGCUGCUGAUGCUUAACACAGUUUUCUGACUGAAGUAAGGCGGUGCAACGUACAGGUGCUUAGUUGUACCACGCUUUGCAUGCUGUUUAACAACAACUGCCCAUUCAGAAAACAUCGGAUCGGAGGAGAGAAGUCAACACAGUACGGGUUUCCCUGGAGUGAUCUGGAUGCUAUGCCCCCCUCUUCCAGUUUGUGGUCUUUGUAGAUCUCAGUUGGAUGUGUGAGCCUGCCCCCCCGGCGCUGCGUCUCCAGGCCAACGGUGAUGUGACCAUGGUGGGCGUGGGCGUCAAACUGGAAGAAGAGGAGGGGCCCGGGGACGGGGGCGGAGUGGCGGGCCAGGAGACCCAGCAAGUGUCGCCCGGCGAUUGGACCGCACAGCCGCCCACCGAGCGGGCCGAGGCCCGGAUGGGGACCCCGCCCAGUGCGCGCACCCCCACGGAGAGCUCUCCCGGGAGAGAGAGGACACAGAGACGGAGCCCUCAGGGCCAGGACGGGGGGAGCAGGAGCUAUGACAGAGUGGACCUCCAUCCCAACGUAAAUGAGGUGAUGCCCACCAUUGAGAAGCUUCUGAGCGUGGACUGGAGGGAGAAGUUUUUGGGGAAGGGGGCUCUGAGUGGAGCCCAGCUGAAAGGCACUCCGGAGAGCCUGGCAGAGAAGGAGCUGCAGCUGUUGGUGAUGAUCAACCAGCUGUCCAGCCUGCGGGAGCAGCUCCUGGGUGCCCACUCGGAGCAGAGGAACAUGGCCGCCCUGCUCCUGGAGAAACAACAGCAGCAGAUGGAGCUAGCCAGGCAGCAGCAGGAGCAGAUCGCCAAGCAGCAGCAGCAGCUGAUCCAGCAGCAGCACAAGAUCAACCUGCUGCAGCAGCAGAUUCAGCAGGUGAAUAUGCCGUACGUGAUGAUCCCAGCGUUCCACCACAACACGCAGCCACUCCCAGUCUCCUCCGAGCCCCAGAUGGGCCUCCCCCUCCAGCCCAUUCCCUGCAAGCCAGUGGAAUAUCCAAUGCAGCUCCUUCCUAACCCUCACUCCACCCCUGGGAAGAGUUCUAGUGGUACAGUCCAUCGACAGGAGACUAGUCAGCCACUGAACCUGACCUCCAAACCCAAAGGGAUGGAGCUGGGGAAAAUGCCCAGUCCUCAGGCCCUGGAGCGAGCGUCUCUUCACCUGCAGGCGGGAUACGGGCACCGCGACUUGCAACACAGCCCCCCACAGCCUGCACUCAGCCUGGGCUUUCUGGGCGAGGGGGAUGUGGUGACCCAGGCUAUUCACGACGCCCAGCAGCUGCUGCGGGGUCCGGUGGGGCGUGAGAGAGACAGGGAGAGGGACGCCGUUGCACGCAAGGAGGAGUCUCGAAUUGAGCGGCUUUCCCACGGGGAGAGAGGUGAAGACGCCCACGGCCUUCGGGCUGGUGAGGACCACCACAGCAGCGAUUCAGAGGCAGGGACCAUGUCCGCUCCAGGCGCCGGGGGCUUCACAGAGGCCCGCAGCUCAUCCUCGGGGCACAUAAAGAGGCCCAUGAACGCCUUCAUGGUGUGGGCCAAGGACGAGCGCCGGCGCAUCCUGCAGGCCUUCCCCGACAUGCACAACUCCAGCAUCAGCAAGAUCCUUGGCUCUCGCUGGAAGUCCAUGUCCAACCAGGAGAAGCAGCCGUACUACGAGGAGCAGGCCCGGCUCAGCCGGCAGCACCUGGAGCGCUACCCCGACUACAAGUACAAGCCCCGGCCCAAGCGCACCUGCAUCGUGGAGGGGCGGCGUCUGCGCGUGGGCGAAUACAAGGCCAUGAUGAAGAGCCGGCGCCAGGAGCAGCGUGGCCCGUAUCCCACCAGCCAAUCAGAUCAGCAGCUGCACUACCCGUCCGGUGACGCUCGGUACCCCAGUCCCCCCGUGUCCUUGGCAACGAUCCCCCUGCACCCCGCCCUCCUGGAGCGUUACCUGCCUCGUGGCCUGGAGCCCCAGCAGGCCAGGGUCACCGAGGAGCAGGGGGGUUCCGCUGAGAGACACCCCUACAGCGAGGGCGAGGAGAGCGACCAGGGAGAGCGCAGCGAGGGAGAGCUUGUGGUCCUCACUGACUGAAAGCAGAGGGGAGGUCAAAGGUCAGCCUCCGCCCGCCGCAGGAAGGCACAUCGGCAACAUCAGC